GGUACAUACUAUAAUGGAAAAUAACUUUAAAAAAAAUUGUAAUAGCAGUUUUGUAAAUGAUGAUAUUAGAGAAUUCAUUGAUAACGAGUUUAGCUUCCUAAACACAAUUUCUUAUCCCAAUGACACUGAUAAAGAUUUGAGUUUGACACCAAUUGUUUUUCAAAGCUAUAUGUUAAAUACUCGACAUGUAAAUCAGAAACAACCAGCAGCUAAAUUUGAAACUAAAUAUUUCAAAAGAAAAAAGAAAGAAUUAAGUUCUGUCGUAAAUUCACAAGAAAUAUUGUCUUCUAAAACAGUAGUUCUUCAAUUAAACCAAAAAGAGGAGUCAGGCACUUCUAAUUUUGUUAGAAAAUUGAAUUUAAAUCAACACAAGGUUACUCAAAAAGUUAUAGAAAAUGAAUGUACAAACGAUCAACCAUAUUUAAACGACGAAUUGCAAUCGUUAGGUAGAUUGUCUUCAAGUAACAAACCAUUAUUAAAUAAAACACCAUUAUUAAAUAGCUCGUCAUUAGGAAAAAGCUUGUUUAAAGAAUUGGUGACAAAAACAUGGAAUAAAAAGAGGGUUGAAAGAGAAAAAACAGAUCUAUGUCAAAAUACCUGUAACGGUUUAAUUUCGUUUGAAGUUUAACACGAGCAAGGAAGUUUGUUUACAUCUAAAAAAACUGUUGAUUUUUUAUUUCUUUAUUUUUUGAUCUAAACAAGUCAUAAAAUAGAUUGAAAUUUAUUAUAAGUUCAAAAUAUUAUUUCAC